UCUACUUUCUUUACUUGCUGAAAAGUAAUAAUUCAAAAUUGCUUAGAACUGGCGCGUGUUUGUGUAGAUAAUUCCAUAUAUUGAACAUCAAUGGGAAAGUAGCGCUGCUCGUGUAUAACGCACUUUACCGGUUUGAUAAACAACUGACUUACGGCAAAUAUGGUGGAUCCACAGCUGACACGGACAGAAGAUAUCAUCGGUAUUUGGACCUUCUUACAAAGUAUUGACUGGCAUGACCCAUGGCUUGUAGGACUUAUUGUUUUUCAUGUUGCAAUAACACUGAUGACCUUACUUACAAGAAACCACAGCAAUUUCCAAGUUUUGCUGUUUUUUAUCCUGCUGUUAUUAGUUUACUUUUCUGAGAGCAUUAAUGAAAUUGCAGCAAAUAAUUGGAGUUUAUUUUCAAGACAGCAGUACUUUGAUAACCAAGGAAUGUUCAUUUCUCUUGUCUUCUCUGUGCCAAUACUGCUCAACUGCAUGAUUAUGGUGGCAAAUUGGUUAUGGCAGUCAAGUCAGCUGAUGACAAAACUGAAGACAGCUCAGCUUCGUCAACAGGCGCAAUCAUCACGUUUACAGCGUCAUCAGCAGGCACAACAACAGAGGAAUCCGCCGAUAAACCACCCCAAGACAGACUGAGAAGUGAAACUUUGAAUUAUUGAUGCAGACCAUGUGGAUGACAUGAGUUGAUGAAUAGAGUGGUUCAGCUUUAUGUGACGGCAGGUGGACAAUGUUUGAGAAGGAGGAGGACCUCAAGAAAAAUGCUGUACACAUACGUCAUGUUAAAAUAAUGAACAUCAGAAUCAUAUUGUGAAUCAUUAUAAAAUGUGAGAUAUAUAUCAUAAGAUAGUCCUUAAAUUCUCUGCUUUGGAUACUUUUUAGCAGCAGUGAGUAUUUUAUUCUACGACGGGCAGUCAAAAAGUUCCCGGAAUUGUGGUAUAGCACUGUAAUGGUAGGACAUAUGGCAACACUUACCUAAUCACCUUCAAAGUAGGACCCUUGCAUGCACACACGCUUGCUCCAUCGAUCCUGACAGUGUUGGAAGCACCGGCGGAAGACUUCAUUUCGAAUCUUCCAAGGUUCGGCCAUCGCAUUUGAUUUGAUGUCCGCUAUGGUUGCGAAAGGCAUCCCCUUGAGGCCCAUUUUCAGAGUAGGGAACAGCCAGAAGUCACUCGAAGCGAGAUCCGGAGAGUAUGGUGGUUGGGUGAUGACAGGAAUGCUUUUCUCAGCGAGGAAUUGCUGCACAACCAGCGAGGUGUCGAAUGCGACGGCCGAACUCCGGAAGAUUCCAAACGAAGCCUUCCGUCGGUGCUUCAAACAAUGGUAGGAUCCAUGGAGCAAGUGUGUGCAAGAGUCCUACUUUGAACGUUGCCAUAUGUCCUACCAUUACAGUGCUAUACCACAAUUCCGGGAACUGCCCUACGUAUUACAAGCAAAGCAAAGUUCACUUCCUUUUCAAACGGCUUCCGUCCAAAAUUUGUACCACUGACCGCUUGCAGAAAUAUUUUGGAAUGGUUGGGGGAGGGGGGGGGUGUUUAGUUUCUAUGCAUAUGGUAUGUUAAAUUUUCUGCAAGAAUUAGCAUUCCAUACCAUAACUUUCAUACUUUCCAUUCGUUGUUGUACUUACAAAAAUUGUACACAGUGUUUGUUCAUGAACUUUGAUAAUAGAGAUGUAAAAGGUGAACUAUAAAUAUGAAUUUGAAGACUCAACAUUCGA